AUGGAGAAGGCUAUAAUCGCGCCUUACAGCGAGGAGCGACCCAGCAGAGUGAAAUCGCGACAGUAUCGACUCCUGCGAGCUGCGUUGGCUUUCAGUCUAUUGGUGGCCUGUGGAUACGCAGGCUUAUUCACCGCCUAUACAACCUCUCGAGGAGCUGAUACAAGGGUCAAAGUACCUAUCAACGCUCACGAAAUCAUUCGGAAAUGCGCCCAUCUCAAUGAUAUUCCAGGACCACCUCCAAGUUUUGGUUCUCGGAAGGAAUCUGACCGUUACGUCCCUGAAACUAAACCGACUUGGAUAAAGAACGCGACAAUAUGGACAGGAAACAUCGAUGGGCUAGAGGUCAUUCUGGAAGGUGACUUGUUCUUGGAUAAAGGAAUUAUCAAAGCGGUUGGGAAGGUACCUGCUCAGAUAUUGAGCGCGUAUGAUCAUGACUAUCUAUCGGUUAUUGACGCGAACGGAUCUUGGGUUUCUCCUGGUAUCGUUGAUCUACAUUCUCAUCUCGGCGACUAUUCUUCCCCAAAACUCAGAGGUUCGGAUGACACGAACUCGAGGAAAGGCCUUGUCCAGCCUUGGCUACGCUCCCUCGACUCUUUGAACACCCACGACGAUGCCUACCAGCUAUCUAUAGCCGGUGGGGUUACAACAUCAGUAAUUCUUCCGGGCUCAGCAAAUGCUAUCGGUGGUCAGGCAUUCGUCAUUAAACUUCGUCCAACGGAAGAACGUUCUCCGUCAUCUAUGCUCCUCGAGCCUCCGUUUACCUUCAACGGAUCAGGGAUUGAGGAAGUGCAGCCUCCGCGAUGGAGACAGUUGAAACAAGCAUGUGGGGAAAAUCCAAGUCGUUUCUAUUCGGGCACUCGGAUGGACACAAUUUGGGCUUACCGUCAAGGGUACGAAGAGGCAAGGAAACUCAAAGUCAAACAAGAUGCAUACUGUGAAAAAGCUGCAACAAAACAAUGGGAUGGCCUCGGCGAUUUUCCUGAAGACCUUCAAUGGGAGGCUCUAGUUGACGUAUUGAGAGGAAAGGUCAAGAUUCAGAAUCAUUGUUAUGAAGCCGUCGAUUUAGACGGGAUCGUCCGUCUAACGAACGAGUUCAAAUUUCCGAUUGCCGCGUUCCAUCACGCCCAUGAGACGUAUUUAGUUCCCGAACUCCUGAAGAAAGCCUAUGGUCACACUCCCGCUGUCGCACUCUUCGCAACCAAUGCACGCUACAAGCGCGAAUCGUACCGAGGCUCCGAAUUCGCACCUCGUAUAUUAGCUGAUAAUGGCAUUCAAGUUGUGAUGAAGAGUGAUCAUCCAGUUCUCAACUCCCGUUUUCUCAUGUAUGAAGCCCAACAAGCCCAUUACUUUGGUCUGGCUUCCAAUCUUGCCUUGGCUUCUGUCACCUCGACUCCAGCACAAAUAAUGGGACAAGAUCAUCGUAUCGGCUAUAUCCGAAAAGGCUUUGACGCUGAUGUUGUUCUAUGGGACAGCCAUCCUUUGGCUGUUGGAGCUACACCUAAACAAGUGUUCAUUGAUGGCAUUGCCCAACUCAACAAGCCUUUCGCCUUUCCCAAAUCCGAUGUUUUACAACGCGCACCUGAAACUCCAAAUUUUGAUGAAGAGACAAAAGCUGCACUUAAGCACGAUGGUCUUCCUCCACUUGAGCCCAAGGAAUCAAUUUCAGACGUUGUAAUUUUCCAGAAUUUUGACUCUCUGUUCCUGGAUAUGGGAAAUGGCGUGGAACAGAUUUUUACUGCGGAAAACUACGUUGGUGAAUCACAGAUCGCCGUGGUGCAGAACGGGAAACUAGCUUGUAUUGGGACGCCCGAUGUGUGCAUUACAAGUGUGAACGUGGACUCCCGGACGGUUGACCUGCAGGGAGGCUCUUUGGCGCCCGGCCUGGUCAGUUACGGGAGUCCACUCGGCCUGGUACAUAUCGCUGGCGAAGAAAGUACUCAGGACGGGGAAGUCUUCGAUGGUCUCAUGGACAAGCUUCCUACUAUCCUGGGCGGAAAUACCGCUGUUAUCCGUGCUGUGGAUGGCUUACAAUUCGCGACCAGGGAUGCACUCUUAGCUUACCGUAGCGGUGUCACUACCGGAGUUACUGCACCGUGUUCGUCAGGUCUUUUGGCUGGUUUGAGUACGGCGUUCAACACGGGUGCUGCUCACAAGCUCAUAGAAGGUGCUGUGGUGGAAGACGAAGUAGCACUUCAUGUGUCGCUUUCUUUGUCUUCUUCUGUCAGUGUCAGUACACAGAUUGCGACACUCAGAAGAUUACUGUUAGGGGGUGGUGCAAAAGGUGAGCUUGGAGUGCAAGUCACAAAAGUACUGGAGGGGAAGAUACCACUGGUUAUUGGCGUCCAUAGUGCAGAUAUUAUGGCUUCGUUGAUUCAGCUUAAGUCUGAGAUUACAAAGGAAACUAAAUCUGCAAUUCAAAUGACAUUCGCUGGAGCAUCCGAGGCACACCUGUUAGCAAAGGAGAUCGGUGCUGCAGGUGUUGGUGUCAUUCUUUCACCGGCUCGGUCAUUCCCGUUUUUCUGGGAUAUGCGCAGAAUUUUACCUGGUCCACCUUUGACCCAGCACAGUGCUGUAUCUACCUUACUAGCCAACAACGUCACUGUGGGUGUGGGCGUGAAUUUUGAUGAGUCAUGGGCCGUACGAAAUACAAGAUUCGAUGUGAGCUGGGCUUCUCUGGAAGCUGGAGGAGAAAUAUCUAAAGCAGGAGCUAUAGCGUUAGCUUCUUCGAAUCUGGAAAAACUAUUGGGGUUGGCUUCUGGUACUGUCUCCUCCAAUUUAAUCGCGACUACGGGCGGGACUAUACUUGACUUCGAAUCUAAAGUGGUAGCUGUCGCAUCUGCUAAGCGAGGAGUGGUAGAUCUAUUUUGA